CCCAGGGCCCGGGGCUCGCGCGGGCCCCAACCGCCGCCGCCCGCGCGCCCGGCCUCUGACCCGCGCGGGCUGCCCCUGAUUAGCCCGCUCCCGCCGGAGCGGGGGGCGCGACACAAUUGGGGAGCCAAUCAGGAGCCAGGGCUGCCCCGCUCUCCCCUCCCCGUCGGCGAGGCGGGCGCUGGCGGUGGGGGCUGCCGGGGCGCCGGGGGCGGCGCGGCGGGCACCGGGCGCGGGCAGAGCUGCGGGCACGAGCGACUCCGGUGUCGCCGCCGCCGCUGUUGGGCGGAUCUGCGCUUGUGCGGGAGCGCUUCUUUUUCCCUCAUCUUUUUUUUUUUUUUUUUUUUUCCUUCAUCGCUUUACUUUUGCAGCCCGCAGCAGGGACAUUAUGCCGAAGAGAAAGCCCACAAGACGAUCAGCAAGAUUGUCAGCUAAACCUGCUCCACCAAAACCUGAACCUAAACCAAGGAAAACCACUAAGGAACCUGGAACAAAGGCGAACAAAGGUGCUAAAGGGAAGAAGGAUGAAAAGCAAGAAGCUGCAAAGGAAGGUACUACACCAUCUGAAAAUGGUGAAAAUAAAGCUGAAGAGAUUCGCAUCUCUCGCUCAACUGUUAGUGUUUCAACAUCCAGAGGUGCCCCACCCAGCACACUGUCAGUAAAAGGGCAGAUUGAAACAGUGAAAGUUAAGGGUACGGUAGAGCAUUCUGCAUGUGUGCAGUGAAUAGAAACAGAUAGUAGUGUGGUGCUUUUCAGUAUGAACAAUGGAAGCUGACAGGUAAGGCUUGUAUUGCUUUUGAAAAGCUGGGACCAAUAAAUUAUGAGAAGUGUGUGUAUGUACCUGUUUUGUUUGUGUAAAUGUAAUAUUGACGUAGGUUUGAAACUGAGCUGUUGCAAAUAAUCGCAGGAUUAAGGGUAGUGUGGGUAUUUGUAUACAUAAUAGCAAUUUACUGUAGUAAUUAAAUUUUUUCUUUCCUCU